UUUCUGUCUCUGGUUUUUUCUUUUUUCCUGUUAUCCAAACAAACCUCCAAGGGAAAUCCAAACUUCGAAACCUCCAGUAUUUCAACGAAGGAGGUUGGAUUUCCAAUUCGCCAUCCCAAAAGCCCAAAUCAAAUUCAAAAUCAAAAUUCAAGGAGAAAGAGCCCCGCAGAGAGAGUCGUUUGAUUCUUUGAGCUGUCUCUGGUUGCUCAUUUCUUCAUAUCAUUUCCAAUUCAAACCCAUACCAAAGAAGGAUCAGAAUCAUAAUCAAGAGGAGAAUUUUGGAUGAAUGCGUGAAGACAAUUUUUUUGUUGACAAUUAAAGGUUUGAGUUUAGAUGCUAAUUGGGGUUUCACUAAAUUUUGAGGGUUUGUUAGUGGCUUGACCAGAUGAAUGUGGUUGGCAAAGUUGGGAGCUUGAUAUCCCAAGGUGUUUACUCUGUUGCCACCCCUUUUCAUCCCUUUGGUGGGGCUGUUGAUGUCAUUGUUGUUCAGCAGCAGGAUGGGACAUUUCGAAGCACGCCUUGGUAUGUCCGGUUUGGUAAAUUUCAGGGUGUUCUUAAAGGUGCAGAGAAGAUGGUCCGCAUAAAUGUAAAUGGAGUAGAUGCCAAUUUCCAUAUGUAUCUUGAUAACUCAGGAGAGGCUUAUUUUGUAAAGGAGGUUGAUUCUGGUAAAGGAAGUGAGACAAAUGGGGUUGUGAAGGAUUCUGUUACUUUAGAACCUACACAAGAGGAAAGUGGUUUGGAGAUUGAUAACCAGAAUAAUGGUAAUGAAAACGUUCUUGAAAUUCGUAGACUGGAGCAUAGUGUCUCUGAUUCGAUGGUGGUUCAGUUGCGAGAUGAACGUGAUUCCUUAGGUGCAAACCUGAUACAGAGGGCAGAAUCUGAUUCUGAUCGGAGGUAUUACGAAUUUAAAGAUGAGCAAUCUUCUCUAGAGGGUUCCGUUGAGUUAUCAGAGUAUGGAUCAAGUCGAUAUGAUAAUUUAGACAGUAAUCAUAUUGUUGAAUCACAGAAUUUAAACUCAGAAGUUAUAUUGGUGAGUGUGGAUGGUCAUGUAUUGACAGCCCCCAUUUCAGCAUCAGAGCUUAGCACAGAGGAUGUGCAAGACACACCUCGAUUCAAUCUUGGCCCAGGUGAAGAGACCGACUUCUGUGAAGGCAAUGAGGAGUUUAGUUCAGGUGAAACUGCUUGGGCUGCUGAUUAUAUUUGUAAGCUGAAUGAUUCUACAACUAGUGACGCAUCUGGUAAUGUUUGUGGAGUUCAGAAUGAAGAUAAUGUUAUUGGCCGUCAGCUGGAAGUUGAUGAAGGAGGCAGGGGACUUGCAUGUCAAGCUCAAGAAACUCAAAAGACUUCAAGACAGGAAAUAGAUCUUCAGAUGCAUAGGGAUUCAGAAUAUGCAUCUACUAACAAGGCAGACGUUUUCAAGAGCUGUUUGGAGCUAGAAGAAAUGGCCAAACGUGGUGGGAAAGCUGAUGUUGAAGAUAUGGGGUCCUCAUUGGAGGUUCAAAAUUCACCAGAAAAAUCUAAUCAGACUCUUCUGGACCCGAUGGUUGAUAGAACUGAAGAUGCUAGUGUUAUUGAAUUGAGAAAUGACAAUGAGUUAUCUGCUUCUUGUGCUUCUGUUUCACCUGGCAACAAUAUGUCUCCACAUGUACAAGUUGGAAGUGAAUCAGUUGAGAAGAUUGUGUCUUCUUCGGAACAAAUGAGUAUUGAAAGCAUUUCUGCACAUUCUGUCAGUAACGAUCCAGACUGGAAGGAUGAACAGUGUGUUACAUCAGCAGCAGUCGAUGAGACAGAGAGUAGUCAACAAAUACCUGCAACUGGAGAUGAAUGCAGUAAAAGUGAGCUAAUAGAACCCCCAACAGAAUCUUCAAGUGAAGAAACACAAAAUGACCUAAUAAAACCCCCAACAGAAUCUUCAAGUGAAGAAACACAAGUCCAUUCAAGCAUAAGGUUUGAGAUCUCACUCUGUGGGAAUGAACUUCGUGUGGGUAUGGGCGUCAAAGCUGCUGCUGAAGCCUUUGCUGCACGCCGUGUAUCUGCACAGGAUUUCAUAACUUCUGCGACAUCGAUUUUGAAAAAUGAAAAUCUGAUUAUCAGAUAUAGGGAAGGACGCAGAUGGAGGCUCUGGCCUAUGCCAUUUAGAAGGGUGAAAACACUUGAGCACACCAGCAGUAAUUCAUCAAAUGAGGAUGAAUUUGUUGAUUCUGAAUCUGGUCUGCAAAACUCACAACUUGAAGCAACUCCUGAGUCCCCCCAAAAGCAAUUUGUGAGGACAAAUGUUCCCACCAACGAGCAGAUAGCAUCUUUAAAUCUCAAAGAAGGUCAAAAUAUGAUAACUUUCAGUUUCUCUACCAGGGUUUGGGGGACACAACAGGUUGAUGCACAUAUUUACUUGUGGAAAUGGAAUGCCAGAAUUGUAAUUUCUGAUGUUGACGGAACUAUUACCAAGUCUGAUGUGUUAGGCCAGUUCAUGCCAUUAGUUGGAAAAGAUUGGACGCAAUCUGGUGUGGCUAGACUUUUCUGUGCAAUUAAGGAAAAUGGAUAUCAGCUACUGUUUUUGAGUGCACGUGCAAUAGUACAGGCAUAUCUAACGAGAAGCUUUUUAGUCAACCUAAAACAGGAUGGAAAAGCUUUACCCAAUGGACCUGUUGUUAUCUCACCCGAUGGAUUAUUUCCUUCAUUGUAUCGUGAAGUUGUAAGAAGAGCACCACACGAAUUCAAAAUUGCCUGUUUAGAGGACAUAAAAAAGCUCUUCCCCUCUGAUUACAAUCCAUUCUAUGCGGGUUUUGGAAAUAGAGACACAGAUGAGCUCAGCUACAGGAAAAUUGGGAUUCCAAAGGGCAAAAUAUUCAUAAUCAAUCCCAAGGGCGAGGUGGCCAUCAGCCAUCAUCGCGCUGAUGUGAAGACGUACACAUCCUUACACACUCUCGUCAACGACAUGUUUCCUCCAACUUCACUGGUUGAGCAGGAAGACUUCAACUCGUGGAACUAUUGGAAAGUGCCACUGCCAGACAUUGAGUGAUGGUUGUUACUUAAACAUUUCCCUUUGGCCAAACAUGUCGGCGGCUUGGAGGCAUGCACAUUGUAGAGAUAACAACACUUAACAUUCUUGCUGAUCGUCGUCUCCAUUCUAUGCACAUAAUAGAACUGAUGGCUCUCUUUUUUUCUGGGUCAGUUGUAUUAUCAGUGUAAUAUCCAAGCCAUUGGCAUUGUAUUAGAAACUUGAGAUUUU